UUCCUCACGUAGACAAAUCAGUAUCGAUUUAAACAUGCCAAAUAAGAAUAUUGAAUCAGAUGAAACUGACAUCUAUAAAAGCCCGCACGAAAUCCAGAUUGCCCCAGUACUGAAAUCUGUCUCAAUUGCAAACUAUUCAACAUGAGGAUUCAAUUAUUUACUUGGUUAGUGAUGGCUGCCGUGCUGCUCGUAGUCGCUUCCGCUGGGAAUAUUCCUUAUUCCGCUUUGACUUACAAGCAAAACAAACACGCGGCUAAACCCUCCAACUUCAAGUUUCCGAGUGAUGACGUGUAUUCUACUGGUUAUCGCCGUAUUUUCCACCCAGACGGCCGUAUUCAAAUCGUCAGCUAUGUCACUGAUGCAAAACACGAGAGCGAGAGGAAAUACCAAGAAAACAGACCCGUAGCUGCUUACCCUGCUCCAGCCUAUCGAGCUCCUCCAACAACUCCACGGCCAUACGUUACAACCACAUCUGCACCAUUUUACCCGGCUCCCAUUUCUCACGUCGUCAUUUCUCCGCCUUACGGUCAGACCGUCGACUUUUCUUCGCCCUAUGAUGAUCCCACUUAUGUCACCUCUAACGUCGAUCUUUCCACGCUAUUUCGGGAAACCGCUUCGAGAAAAUUUCUUCGCCAUUAAUAUAAGCGUUUGCGAUAAGUUAAUGUUAAAGUAAUGGAAAAAUAUUAAUAAUAAUAAAGCGUGCAUUGUCAA